UUAGCUGACCUGGGUAUUGCUGGUCCGCCCCAGCCAGCUCGCCCCCCUCUCCUGUCCGGACAGCCUUUUAUCAUCUUCUGGGGAAUCCCUGACUCUUCCUGCUCCGGUCGGCCCGAUCCGAGAUCUUUUGGGAUUGAACGGGAGGGCCGUGUGUCCGUCUUUUAUGAGGACACACUGGGUAACUACCCUUAUUUAAUAGACAAAGACACGCGGGUCAAUGGGGGACUACCACAGCACACGCGGUUGGACAGCCACAUCCAGAAGACACAGCAGGACUUGGAGGCAGCUUUACCUGCCCCGAGGUUCCUCGGGCUGGGGGUUCUGCGCUGGGCCGAGUGGGUCCCCCAAUGGGCGAGGAACCGAGAGAGGCAGGUGAUGUACGUGGAGGCAUCGAGAAACCUGCUGAAGACUUUCUUUCCUAACUGGACCCCAGAGGAGGUGGAAAAGUGGUCUCAGGUGGACUUCGAGGCAGCAGCCCAGUCAGUAAUGAUGGAAACACUACGGGAGGUCAACAGGUUAAGACCCAAAGCAUUAUGGGGCGUAUCCCCUUACCCGAGCUGCUACAACGGCGAUCCUGCCCAAACAAUAUUAGCCAAUUACACCGGCCAGUGCCCUGCAGCAGAGAUGGCCCUUAAUGACGAGCUCCUGUGGCUAUGGAAACGAUGCUCUGCCCUCUACCCGCUCCUCACUCUGGAGAAGCUGCAGAGUGGGACCUCUGGAGCCAGGCUAUAUUUGUCCAGUCAAAUCAGAGAAGCACUACGAGUAUCAUCUCUGACAGGGACUGCAUUUGAUCUUCCAGUAUUCCCACUGGUCAAGAGUGUCUAUGCCUCCACUAACACUUUCCUGUCUCAGGCAGACCUGGUCAGCACUAUAGGAGAAAGUGCUGCCAUGGGAACAGCCGGAGUUGUCAUCUGGGAGAGAAGUGAGACGAAGACAGAGAGAGAGUGUCAGGACCUGGCAGAUUUUGUCCGUAAGGUCCUGGGACCGUACUCCAUCAACGUAACCACGGCAACUCGACUCUGCUCAGCCUCCCUGUGCCAGGGAAAGGGCCGAUGUGUCCGCCAAAAUCCAGAAAGCUCUGCAUACCUCCACCUCCCACCCCCGUCUGCAGCCGUGGAGAAGGCGACGGAAAAGGCAGAGACAGCAAAAGCCACAGAUCAGCCGGACACCAACACUAAACCGGAUGAACCGGACCCAGCCGAAAUCUGGAAGAAGGACUUCCAGUGCCAGUGGUACAAGACCACAGACGGGGACGUGUCCGACCAGCAGCCCCCCAAAGACGGAGCAUCUGUUGCAGCUACAGCGAUAGAAAAGACUGAAGAUGUAAUUGAGACUACAACAGAUUUUACAACACCUGCUACAACUGCUUCUAGGACAGCUUCUACAACAGUUUCAACAACAAAAGGUACCUCUGUGACUGAGUUUCCAGUGAGCAGUUCACCUGGAAGAACUGGAAGUCCAACGCCUUUACUGGAAGUACCUACAGACGGUGGUACGAGUCCACUGAGUGGCCCAAACCUGAUUGUUCUGCUGUUACUGGUGGCUGGAAGUCGAUGCCUGGAACCUUAAAAGUGAACAAACAAACCAGUCUUCAUGUGGAAGGAAAGGUCUGGGAUAUAAAGCAAUUACAAGCCCUUCUGAAGUGCCCUUGAGCAAGACACUGAAUCCCUGCUAACUGCAGGUGUGCUGCUGUGUAGAGUAUCGUAUUAAAAAAACAGAUCAAACUAUUUUUUCGAGCUGGAGCUCUAAACCUGUCACUGAAUGUGCCAAGAGACAGUAGUGGUGGUACAAACACUUGUCACUUUUUUCAGUUUCUACAGGCUGGAUUUAAACAUUUUAAGAGAAAGGAGAUGUGACAAACUAGAUAGACUUGUUGUCAUAUCAAAUCAGCCACAUUAUAUCAUGUACACAAAUACAUUAAAGCAGUCUGUGAAACCUGCACUGAGGUUUUAUUUCCUUUGCACAUUUUGUUUAUACUACUUGUUAUAUGCAUUUUAUUUUAUUUUUAAGGCCGUAAAGUCCUCAGGAGUUUCUCUUUUCAAUAAAGGAGCAGCAUGUAGGAUUUAGUUGCCCCCGCCCCUUUCCAAGCAUGUCGGAGAACUACAGUGGCCUUCAGAUAACGUAAAAACACUAAAGGCUGACUCCUGAGGCAGUGUUUAGUUUGUCCGUUCUAGGCUACUGUAGAUUCUGUGGAAGAGGACCCACUCUCUACAUAGAUAUGAUGUGAUAGAUGCUAAGGAAAACACAAUGAUUACUUGAGAUUAUGUGCUUAAUAAAACAUUUUUAAGAUUA